AUGAGUCUUCUAUGUUGGAACUGUCGCGGGCUUGGGAACCGGCAGACAGUUCAAGAGCUUAGCGAUUUAGUCCGGGUACAAGAUCCUACGAAGGUGUUUUUAGCUGAACCAUGGCUAGAUGAGGUCAGGCUAACUGGUUUACGUGAUUCGCUUCGUUUUGGUCAUCACCAUGGAGUUUCUUGUUUAACUCGUGGUGGUGGCUUGGUGUUGUUUUGGAAGAAGGACUUUGACUUGCAAGUCAUGUCCUCCUCUCAUAAUCAUAUUGACAUCUUGAUCAAUAGAGGAAAGGUGAAUGUCUGGCGCUUUACCGGUUUUUACGGUGCUCCUGAAACCCAGCUUCGUAUGGAAUCAUGGGAUUUGUUGCGAGAUCUAAAUAAUCGUUUCUCAGUACCAUGGCUGGUUGGAGGUGACUUUAACAAACUUUUGAAGUCGCAGGAAAAGUUGGGAGGCUGGUUAAGACCUUAUGGUCAAAUGCUAAAAUUCCGUGAAGCAUUAGAUGAAUGUGGGUUGUUUGAUCUUGGCUUUGUGGGUUGUAAAUUCACUUGGCACAAAACUUAUCCGGAUGGUGGUAUUGUUUGGGAGAGAUUAGAUAGGGCUGUGUGUACAACAAAAGUGAAAACUCUAGUGUGUGCUUCAUCGGACCACAGCCCUAUUUUGGUCCUUCCCGAUGGGAUUAGCUUAAAAUCUCAAUGCCCUUGGCGUUUUGAAAAUAUUUGGUUAGAAGAGCAAGGCUGCCAUGACACAGUGAAGAAUGCCUGGAAGACCAUCUCUUCGGAACCACCUAUGCCCAAAGUUAUGAUGAACAUCGAUACAUGCAAAACUCAGUUGCGUGUUUGGAGUAAGAAUUCUUUUGGUAGUGUGUGUUUCAGGAGAAACAGCAUUACGGAACUUAGAGACUCUCGGGGAAGAAUAGCUUCAGGUGAUGAAAAUGUCUCUGAGAUGAUUAUUGAAUAUUACAAACAAUUGUUUACUACCUCUAAUCCGCAUGACAUUGAGGAAGUUGUCCAACAUACAAAAAAGGUGGUGUCUGAUGAUAUGAAUAAUUGUUUAACCAGAAAUUUCUCAAAGGAUGAGGUGGAGAAAGCCUUGAAGCAAAUGGCCCCGCUAAAAGCUCCGAGACCAGAUGGAAUGCCGCCAAUCUUUUUCCAACAUUAUUGGGAGAGCAUUGGGGAUGACGUAGUCAAAGCUGUGAUUUCUUGUCUAAAUUCGAAUUCAAUUGAACCAGGUUUGAAUCACACUUUUAUUGCUCUAAUUCCUAAGGUGAAAAGCCCCGAAUUUGUUACUGAAUUCCGUCCAAUUGCUCUAUGUAAUAUUUUGUAUAAGCUUGUUUCGAAAGUUUUGGCCAAUAGGUUGAAGAAAGUGCUACCCCAUAUUAUCUCAGAUUCUCAGAGUGCCUUUCAAUCGGACAAAGCUAUUUCCGAUAACAUUUGGUGGCCUUUAAGACGUUGCAUCACAUGA